UUUACAGAAACUGAGCGAGCGCUGGGUACGACAACGAGUUACCCAGAGACUCAGCGAGGGGAGAGAAGGACACAGAGACCGAAGUGUGCGUGAGAGAGGACGGAGAAAGAGCCCAAAAAGUGUGUGAGUCUGGGCGAGCUCGCUCACUAGUUAGAUAACUAGUCAGCAACUGGGAAAUAGUGUGGAGGAAAAGGCCACAGAGCGACAACAACUGAAAGGAAAAGUGUCUCCAGUCGGAUUAAACAUCGGCGAAAUAUCAACGCAGUAUGGCCUCGGAAGAGCUCUACGAGGUGGAGAAGAUUGUGGACAAGCGGAAAAACAAGAAGGGUAAGAUGGAGUACCUGGUGCGCUGGAGGGGGUACGGGUUGGAGGGGGACACGUGGGAGCCGGAGACGCACCUGUCCAACUGCAUGGAGUUCAUCCACGAGUUCAACCGCCUGCAGAGCGAGAGGCAGCGGGACGGGUCCUUCCUGCGGGCGGCGAGGAGCUCGCCCAGCGCCGGCCCCAGCAACGCCCGCAAACAGAUCUCCCGCCCCCAGCCGCAGCACAGCCCGGCGCUGGGCAAGAGCCCCAGUCCCGCCACCGCGGUCACCACCGCCACGGUCCCCACGGCCGCCAAGCGCCAGCACGGAGACCCGCCGCUCCCCGCCCACGACCCGGACGCCAAGACGGACGGCUCCCCGUUCUUCCCCAACCCAAAGUACCGGCGCACCAGCCACCCCAGCGUGGCGGGUAUGGGUGUCGGCGUGGCCGGGGCCCACCCCGGCCGCAGGAGCAUGGACCUGGCCAAGUCCGGCAUCAAAAUCCUGGUGCCCAAGAGCCCCAUGAACAGCCGGACGGACUCCGAGGAGUCCCCCAGCGAGGCGGCCCACAGCCUGGAGCAGACCGGUCAGGAGCCCGACUCCGUGCCCCCCGAGGUGGCCCUUCUGGAGAAGCCCCCGGCAGCCCUGCUGGGGCCCGGGGAGGAGAGGGCCCGCAUGGGGACGCGUCCGCGCUCUCAGACCAUCCUGCCGCCCCCGCCGGUGCCCAUCACGCCCGCGGCCGUGCGCACGCUGAACGGGAAAGGGACAUCCACGUUCAUGGCGGCCCUGGCGGCCAAUGGGACGGACAGGCUGCAGAACGCGGUGACGGGCGUGGUGGGCAAGCGGCGUUUCGAGGAGCGGUCCGCCUUUGACAAGCGGCUGCGCUUCAGCGUGCGGCAGACGGAGAGCGCGUACCGCUACCGCGACAUCGUGGUGAAGAAGCAGGACGGCUUUACGCACAUCCUGCUCUCCACCAAGACCUCCGAGAACAACACGCUCAACCCUGACGUGAUGAAGGAGGUGCAGAGCGCCAUGGCUACGGCUGCAGCGGACGACAGUAAGCUGGUUCUUCUGAGCGCGGUGGGCAGCGUGUUCUGCUUCGGCCUGGACUUCAUCUACUUCAUCCGCCGGCUGACCGACGACCGGAAGAAGGAGAGCACCAAGAUGGCCGAAUCGAUCAGGACGUUUGUGAACACCUUCAUCCAGUUCAAGAAGCCCAUCAUUGUGGCUGUGAACGGGCCGGCGGUGGGGCUGGGGGCCUCCAUCCUGCCGCUGUGCGACGUCAUCUGGGCCAAUGAGAAGGCCUGGUUCCAGACGCCCUACGCCACCUUCGGCCAGACACCCGACGCCUGCUCCUCCCUCACCUUCCCCCGCAUAAUGGGCGUGGCUUCUGCCAAUGAGAUGCUGCUGAGUGGGCGUAAGCUGACAGCCCAGGAGGCCUGUGCUAAGGGCCUGGUGUCCCAGGUGUUCUGGCCCGGGACCUUCACACAGGAGGUCAUGGUGCGCAUUAGAGAGCUAGUCUCUUGUAAUUCAGUUGUGCUGCGGGAGUCCAAGGCGUUGGUGCGUAACACCACCAGGGCGGGGCUAGAGCAGGCCAACGAGCGGGAGUGCGAGGCCCUGAAGAGGCUGUGGGGCUCCCCACAAGGCCUGGACUCCAUACUGAAGUACCUGCACAAGAAGAUUGACGAGUUCUGACCGCCAAACUCACAGCUGUGGGGCUCCAACCUCCGUCCUCAGAGCAGAGGGUGACAGAAGACACACACACACACACACACACACACACAUUUAAAAACACCAAAGGAAGACAAACACACAGGCACGCGCCGAUUUACAACGCCAAAGGAACACACAUUCAUGGGCACACACACACGGACGCGCACGUUUAAAAACACCAAAGGAAGACACACACACACACACACACACACACACACACACACGCACGCUCUCUCACACACGCCGUUGGAAAGUGUGUGUGCCUCUGUCAGCGUGAGGGUUUUUCAGGGUUGUGUGGGCCAAGUGGAACAGAGGACUCCAUUCUAAAGUGAAUGGGAAAAGCAACAAUUGACACCUCCCCCACUCUCCAUUAUGCAUUGUUUGACACCCAAAAAGGCCUGUGGGCGAAAAGACGCUGUAGGGCCACUUUUUGGCGGGCUGACGUUUGCGGGGGACCGUGUUUGCCGUGACGCGGCCACCACUGAGUUGGCGGUGUCGGGGUUUGUCGGGGGGAGACGGGGAGGAGAAAAAAAGUGUCUUAUCCAAUAGCUUGGAUUGGUGUUUACUUUUGUAUCGGUAUGAACAAGCCUUAUUAUUGCUAUUGUAUGUGCACCUUGAGAAUAUUCAUACUGAACAGAUGCUACAUGAACGGAGGCAUCCUAUUGGCGGCACAGAGCCAGUGGAUAUGAUGCUAUGGAUCAUCACAGUAGUAGAAGAUUGCUUUAAUAUUUCGGUUCCACCCUUGAACUGCUUUCAAGUUGACUGCUUUCAAGACGGCAACAUUUUGGUGAUCCUUAUUUCCUGGAAGACCAACAUCACACAUGACAAACGCAGGUCAUCACAUGCCUGGCAGUAUUACACUUCCAACAGACAAGUUCGGCAUAAGUUAUACUUAGCAUUAGCUUAUAAAUGGAGUGUGUGUGUUUUUUAUAUACUUUUAUAUCUAUGUUGUGGCUCAGAAUUGCUGGGCAAAAUGCAUUUAAGAGAAUGAACUGUUUGUGUGUGUGGGUGUGUAUGUGUGCGCGUGCAAGCGUGCGUGAGUUCCUUUUGGCUUUUUGGUUGAAAAUAUUACACCAAAUAUCAUGUCUUUAAUGUAAAUACCAUUGUCUAGAUUUGCAUAGAAAUAGUGUUGUUUUUUUAUUUAAUAAGUUAAAAGAAAAAUGACUGUCACACUAUUCCUUCCAAGAAGAACAAGCAGGAGAAUGCCUUCUUAUUGCUCUAGCAUUGAUGCGGCGGGCUUAGUUUCUGUGCUGUUCCUUUCCCAUGAUGCCGUGGGUACGUGUGUCCACGUGGGCUCUGCAGCGGUGUCAUAGCGACGGCAGGGCCCUCAGUGCUGGUCCAAAUCUUAUUCGCCAAGAACAGGAUCGAAUCCCCGCUUUCUUCUAAAGAAAUAGGUCUGCAGGUUAUGAGAAGCACUUCAGACGGGAUGUGGAGCUCGUGACCAAUGUGUGUGAUGACUCGUCCAGCAGACAGACCGUGGAAGGCUGGCUCAGCUUCUGUUAAUGAAGGUCCUACUAAACUCCCAACAAACGUUCAUGUCUCACCUUUUCAAAACAAAAUCUAAACUUUAAACUUGAACACUCCGUGUCAUCUCACUUGUUUAAUGGGAGCAUACCUUGCUUGGCAAGCUUGACGUGCACUCUUCAGGACUGAAAUGUCUGAGAGGAUUUCCAUCUCUGAAUAGGUACCUUUUUUUAUUUAAGUAAUUAAUGAAAACAUGUUUUAAAUGGGCGGUUAAUUUAUGCGGUUAUUUAUGCUUGGUGAGAGGGGACCGACCGGUAUUUCUCAGAUUCCAUUUGUGAUCGUGUUGUCUGCAGGAAGUGGUAACAAACUGCCGUGUGCUCAGCUUCUGGUUGGAUGAAACAGGAAACGUUUGACUGUUCAACAAUCCCUACGUUUGAGAAGGUCAAUUUCAAAGUAUUGCCCCAGAAAGAUAUUAAGAUAUAAAGAUAUUUUGUUUAAAGGGUAUGAACUACUGUAUUGUCUUUUCUUUUUGACAUAAACUAUAUUGUAUCAUUUAGACUGCUCAUAAUUAUGUGAAGUAUUUAAGUAUUUAAAGCAUCUGUUGUCAAAUAAAUUCUUAAAGUCUUACUUGAAAGGUGACGCUUGUUCAUCCACAUCCUCGGGUUUAAGCCUCCAUUUUGUGGCCGUGUUCAGUACCAUGACAUCCCGUCUUGGAGAACAAGACUGACACGGUUGCGAUGAUUAAAGAUGUCCACUGCAUUCCCCGAUUUCUCUUCCAAACAAAGCUGCCCAAAUUCCAUCGUCUGGCUCUCAGCGGUAUGGAUUUCUGAGAAAGCGCUGAUGAGGUUAGUGCUAGAGAACCGCUUUGAGCUGUUACUUCUGAAGAGCAUUGCCAGGAUGGGCAGUGUGAGAUCAGUGCGAGUAGGCAGCGGGAUUAUGAGAAGGAAGAGGGAUCAAAAAUUGGAAAAAGAAAAGGCAAAAAAUAUAUAAAAUGAAAGACUCCAAAUACAAAAGUUGGUGGGAACAGCUUUGUCAUUGUGAUGCUUUGCGGCCCUGCACUUGGAAUACCUCUUCAGAAGUUGUGAAAUGCAUUGUACAGGCUUUAAUGUAGCUGCAGGUCACCCUGUCCGGGGGUAAAGGCCAACGAGAGGGCAGUCGCGGCGUGGAUAUGGAGGCCCAGCGGGCGGAAGCGGCUGUCUUCAUGGCUGAUGAGGAGAAGCAGCCAUCUUUCACUUCAUAAGUGUCACCAAUCUCCCCACGGUCCUCUGACAUGUUUGUUAAAGCAGAGUGGCAGUCGUAUCUCCCAGCCUGGGAGGAUAGACUCCUUCUCUGGCGCUUGUGUAUGGAGCGCUUAUCCUGAGCCCCAUUCUGGCUGAAUGUACAUGUUAGGGAGAUUGUGUAGUGAAAUGAAGCCAUGAACUUGACCUUAUUUUUGUACAGUCAAAGUUUUCAUUGGGAUUGAAUGCCUAAAGACCCCCGCCCCCCUCACCUCCUACCCUCUUUUCAAAUGAACUGUACAGUGUGAAUAUUUGCCUUCAGCCUGAAUUCCUGCUACAGUAUUUUUUUUUUUUUUUUUUCAUCUGUUGGACCUGUUUGUCGUAGAUCAUGAACUAUAUAUAUACAUACAUAUAUAUAUACUGUACAAUCUGUAAAGUUUUUUUAUAGAUUAAAAAGAAAACACAUGCAGCUGUGAAAAAAACUGGUUUAAAUAAACUUAUUUCAUACUUUAUAAGGAA